ACAUCAGUAGGCCGUAAGCUGACGGUUCUACUUAUAAAAGCCAAGUGAUGAGCUGUAGGUUAUUAGUGAGAGCCCUGUGCCCUCUCUCUGAUUAUAACUUGCUCGUCCGCCUUUACCUCGCCAAAGGAAAAAGGAGGAUUCGAAGAUCUGAUGGCUUUCUUUUUAAACCUUUAUAAUGUAAUAACACAAUUUUAUAACAUUACUUCCGUUGAAAGAUCCUAGGAAAUAUAAUUAACAACGAAUAUAAUUAAAUCGAAUUUUUUUAAUCUGUAAUAAUCUUUAAUCAAUUUGAUUCUGUAUCUUGCCAAAGGAACCGUUGCAGUAUCAAUUGGUGGUUUAUGAUCAGAUGCCCUGGUCCCGAAUAAAGGUCCUAAUGCGCUUCGAUUACGACCAUGGAAUCUGUUUAUUGCAUGCACAAGGAGUAACAAUCCCCACAGGGUGUAAAUAUCCGUUUGUCAACAAACGGCCCGGCACCCACGGAACAGAUGAUUUUGACAGCUAGCCCCUCGAACGGCUUGUCAACCCGUGUUGUCUCGCUGUAAACAUUAUGUAAACAGUUUUGUGCCGCAUUCGCGCACCGGUCGCACCAGAAAUUGCACGCAAAAUGGUAACGGUCCCGAUUAAAACAUGCAUCCGAACACUCAGCACCACCAGCCGGAUGGACAAAUCGUUUGCCAAGUGGUAUCGAAGUUUGUGGCAACCGAAAGCCAACGACGAACCACCGUACGAUCACAUCGUGCAGCUAGGCGAUCCCGUACUACGCGUGCCGGCCAAUGCGAUCCCCGAGAAGGAGCUCCAGUCCGCCGAAGUGCAGUAUCUGGCCCGGCAUCUUACGAAAGUGAUGCGAGCGUACCGGUGCGUCGGAUUGGCCGCCCCACAGCUGGGCCUAUCGUUGCGCGCCUUCGUGAUGGAAUUUAAGGACGAGCUGCGGGACCAGUACACCAAGGCGGACUACAAGCUGCGCGAGAUGGAACCAUUGCCAUUGACGAUUCUUCUCAACCCCGAACUGAAAGUGCUCAACUACGAAAAGGUGAUACACACGGAGGCGUGCGAAAGUGUGCGCGGCUAUCGGGCGGACGUGCCCCGGUACCGGGAGAUACUGCUGCAGGGCUUCGAUGCCACCGGCAACCGGCAAGAGCUGCGACUGAGCGGCUGGAAUGCCCGCAUUGCCCAGCACGAGAUGGACCAUCUGAAUGGGAUCGUGUACACGGACAUUAUGAAUCGGAAAAGCCUAACCUGCACCUGCUGGCAAGCGGUCAAUGCUAAGAGUGGGCGCAUUCAGCUAUCGUUUGCCAGCAAAUAAAUCGGCCACUUGUUAAGCAUGUGUUCAGUUUGUGUGUGUGUAUGCCUUCCUUAAAAACACACACACACGCACACCGGUUAGCUGUUUAUUAUGGUUAUUGCACUAACGUAUGAAACGAGUGAACUGUUGGCGCACACAACAAAGCAACAUGAAUUAAGCCCCAGAGGUUGAGGGGGAAGGGUUAGAGGUUUGUGCUUAUGGUUAGCAUGGUUUAUGGUUUGGUAACGAAUGUACGAUUAUCUAAACGGUAACCACGGCUACCAAUUUGUCAAUGAACCAAUGAUGUAGCGUCAAUGUCUUUGCGCUUUAUUCAUUUCCCAACGAUGGCGAUCGCCAGUUUGCUCGGUUUGAUCGAUCCCGCUCUUGUGCCACGAGCGUUUUUAGGCUGCAGUUAAGCUAAACCAAAUGAGUAGAAACACUACAGUAAGAGGAAAUUGUUGUUGGCUGUUAGUGUAAAUUUGGCAAAUAAUAAAACCAACAAAAACCACUGCAACUA